CGGCCUUCAUCUUCAUCAUCAUCAUCAUUUCCUGUUCCUGUUCGUGUGCCACUUCCUGUUUCUGUGCCACUUCCUGUUUGUGUUCCGCUUCCUGUUCCUCCCCUGGCCACGCCCCUUGCUGGUGGAGAAGGGCGAGUACUGCCAGACACGGUGAGCGGCCUUCAUCAUCUUCAUCAUCAUUUCCUGUUCCUGUUUCUGUGCCACUUCCUGUUCCUGUUUGUGUGCCACUUCCUGUUUGUGUGCCACUUCCUGUUCCCCUCCUGACCACGCCCCCUGCUGGUGGAGAAGGGCGAGCACUGCCAGACACGGUGAGCGGCCUUCAUCUUCAUCAUCAUCUUCAUCAUCCACUUCCUGUUUGUGUGCCACUUCCUGUUCCUGUUUCUGUGCCACUUCCUGUUUCUGUGCCACUUCCUGUUUGUGUUCCACUUCCUGUUCCCCUUUCUGGCCACACCCCCUGCUGGUGGAGAAAGGCGAGUACUGCCAGACACGGUGAGCGGCCUUCAUCAUCUUCAUCAUCAUCUUCGUCAUCCACUUCCUGUUUGUGUGCCACUUCCUGUUCGUGUUCCACUUCCUGUUCCCCUUUCUGGCCACACCCCCUGCUGGUGGAGAAGGGCAGUACUGCCAGACACGGUGAGCGGCCUUCAUCUUCAUCAUCAUCUUCAUCGUCCACUUCCUGUUUGUGUGCCACUUCCUGUUUAUGUGCCACUUCCUGUUCCUGUUUCUGUGCCACUUCCUGUUCCCCUCCUGGCCACGCCCCCUGCUGGUGGAGAAGGGCGAGCACUGCCAGACACGGUGAGCGGCCUUCAUCUUCAUCAUCAUCAUCAUCAUCUUCAUCCACUUCCUGUUUGUGUGCCACUUCCUGUUUGUGUUCCUGUGCCACUUCCUGUUUGUGUGCCACUUCCUGUUUAUGUGCCACUUCCUGUUCCUGUUUCUGUGCCACUUCCUGUUUCUGUGCCCCUUCCUGUUUGUGUGCCACUUCCUGUUCCCCUCCUGGCCACGCCCCCUGCUGGUGGAGAAGGGCGAGUACUGCCAGACACGGUGAGCGGCCUUCAUCAUCUUCGUCAUCAUCAUCUUCAUCAUCCACUUCCUGUUUGUGUGCCACUUCCUGUUUGUGUGCCACUUCCUGUUCCUGUUUCUGUGCCACUUCCUGUUUGUGUGCCACUUCCUGUUUGUGUGCCCCUUCCUGUUUGUGUGCCACUUCCUGUUCCCCUCCUGGCCACACCCCGUGCUGGUGGAGAAGGGCGAGCACUGCCAGACACGGUGAGCGGCCUUCAUCUUCAUCAUCAUCAUUUCCUGUUCCUGUUUCUGUGCCACUUCCUGUUCCUGUUUCUGUGCCCCUUCCUCUUUGUGUUCCACUUCCUGUUCCCCUUUCUGGCCACACCCCCUGCUGGUGGAGAAGGGCGAGUACUGCCAGACACGGUGAGCGGCCUUCAUCAUCUUCAUCAUCUUCAUCAUCAUUUCCUGUUCCUGUGCCACUUCCU